AUGCCACCAAACGAGACACUCUUUUUGGAAUCCACGACUCGGAUUCAGAAGGACUCGAUCCACUCUUUUAUGGACUUCCAAGUCUGGGAUUUCCCGGGUCAGCUUGAGUACUUCGAGUCUGCCUUCGAUCUCGAGGAUAUAUUCGGCAGUCUGGGCGCCCUGGUUUGGGUGAUCGACGCACAAGAUGACUAUCUUGACUCGGUAGCCCGGCUCAACCGCACCAUAUUGACUGUCCAGCAGUUCUAUCCCGGCAUCAACAUCGAAGUCUUCAUUCACAAGGUCGAUGGACUGUCAGACGAGUACCGCACUGACACGUUCCAAGACAUUGUGCAGCGCAUCUCCGACGAGCUCAGUGACGCUGGAUAUGAGAAUGCGCCUGUGCACUACUAUCUGACUUCCAUUUACGAUUACUCUGUCUUUGAAGCCUUCAGCAAAGUGAUUCAGAAGCUGAUCCCCAACUUAUCUACACUUGAGAAUCUUAUCAACACUCUUGCCAACAACUGUGGAUUUGAAAAGACAUACCUCUUCGACGUGCUGAGCAAAAUUUAUAUCGCCUCUGACACCCGACCUGUUGAUAUGGCUUGCUACGAGAUGUGCUCUGAUUAUAUCGAUGUGAUUGUCGAUAUUUCCGAGUUAUACUCUUGGGAUCACCCAGUGCGCAAGCGAUUGGGUGACCAGAUCCAAGAAGCAGAAAGCCACGUCGUGUUGCAUGAUCAGACCAUGAUCCAUUUGAUGGAGAUGAACAAGUACCUCUGUCUAGUCUCGGUGAUUCGCAACCCCGAAGCCAAGGACAAGCGGGGUCUGAUUGAUAUGAACUGUCGUACUUUCCAAGAUGCCUUGAACGAAGUGUUCUCGCGCAGCUGGGAAGAAGGGUCUACGGCCCAAGCAGUAGCUUCAACAGCAAGCAAGUGA